CUAAUCUUGGAACUCUGCUGAUUACAUAGAUCCUCUGUGCUGACAGGGGGAAGAUGUGUCAGUUUUGGUUUUCCCAGGAAGAUCCGUGCUAUUCCAGAAUGGCUCGCUUUGAAGACGAACUGUCUAGCCGCUAUAGUGGCAGCUGUCCCGUGGGCCCGACCAGAGGGGCCAGCCGGCAGCCGGGGCCUGCGGGGGUCCAAAGGAUGUACAAGCAGACGAUGGCCCAGAGAGCCAGGACCAUGGCCAUUUACAACCCCAUUCCAGUCAAACAGAACUGCCUCACCGUCAACCGCUCUCUGUUCAUCUUCAGUGAGGAUAAUAUCAUACGAAAAUAUGCCAAAAAGAUCACCGAAUGGCCUCCAUUUGAGUACAUGAUCCUGGCCACCAUUAUAGCAAACUGCAUUGUGCUGGCCUUGGAGCAACACCUACCAGCCUUAGACAAAACACCAAUGUCAGAGCGUUUGGACAACACAGAGCCCUACUUUAUUGGAAUAUUUUGUUUUGAGGCUGGCAUCAAGAUCAUUGCCCUGGGCUUUGCCUUCCACAAAGGCUCCUACCUGCGUAAUGGCUGGAAUGUAAUGGACUUUGUGGUGGUCCUGACAGGGAUCCUGGCCACCGUGGGGGCUGACUUUGAUCUAAGAACAUUAAGAGCAGUGAGAGUUCUACGACCACUCAAACUCGUCUCUGGCAUUCCAAGUCUUCAGGUGGUAUUGAAGUCCAUAAUGAAAGCCAUGGUACCCCUACUGCAGAUUGGCUUGCUGCUCUUCUUUGCCAUCCUAAUGUUCGCCAUCAUUGGCCUCGACUUCUACAUGGGCAAGUUUCAUCGCACCUGUUUCAGAAUAGACACAGACGAGCAAGCAGCAGAUUUCCCCUGUGGCCUGGAGGCUCCAGCAAGAACCUGUGCCAAUGGUACCACCUGCAGGGAGUACUGGACCGGACCUAACUUUGGCAUCACCAACUUUGACAAUAUCCUCUUCGCUGUUCUCACCGUUUUCCAGUGCAUCACCAUGGAGGGAUGGGUGGACAUUCUCUACAAUGCCAAUGAUGCCUCAGGGAACACGUGGAACUGGCUAUACUUCAUCCCCCUCAUAAUCAUCGGUUCCUUCUUCAUGCUCAACUUGGUGCUAGGUGUGCUGUCAGGGGAGUUUGCCAAAGAGAGAGAGCGGGUGGAGAAGAGGCAAGAAUUCCUAAAGCUCCGCAGACAACAGCAAAUAGAGAGAGAGUUAACUGGGUACCUGGAGUGGAUCUGCAAAGCAGAGGAGGUGAUGCUGGCUGAGGAAGACAAGAACGCAGAGGAGAAAUCUCUGGAUGGAGCAUGGUAUAAAAGGAAACACAGCAACUCUGUGCUAAAGAGGACCAAGAAGAGUAAAAAUGACCUCAUCAAUGCAGAGGAGGGUGAGGCCCACUUCACUGACAUCUCAUCUGUUGGGUCACCGUUCACCCGGGCCAGCUUAAAGAGCAAGAACGAGAGCUCGUCUUACUUCAGGAGGAAAGAGAAGAGGAUUCGCUUCACCAUCCGCCGUUUGGUCAAAUCCCAGAGCUUCUACUGGACUGUGUUGUGUCUGGUUGGCCUCAACACGUUGUGUGUAGCCAUAGUACACUAUGACCAGCCCGAAUGGCUCACCUAUGCACUAUACUUGGCGGAGUUUGUAUUCCUGGGCCUGUUUCUGGCAGAGAUGUCCAUGAAAAUGUAUGGCCUUGGACCCCAGAACUACUUCCACUCCUCAUUCAACUGUUUUGAUUUUGGGGUUAUUAUUGGCAGUAUUUUUGAGGUGAUCUGGGCUGCCAUCAAACCCAGGGCCUCAUUUGGAAUCAGUGUCCUGCGGGCUCUUAGACUGCUCAGGAUCUUCAAAGUCACCAAGUACUGGAACUCUUUGAGGAACCUGGUUGUAUCCCUUCUCAAUUCCAUGAAGUCUAUCAUCAGCCUCUUGUUCCUCCUCUUCCUCUUCAUCGUGGUUUUCGCUCUGCUGGGCAUGCAGCUAUUUGGUGGCCAGUUUAAUUUUGAAGAUGAAACACCAACAACCAACUUUGACACAUUCCCCGCAGCGAUCCUCACUGUCUUUCAGAUCCUAACUGGGGAGGACUGGAAUGCUGUCAUGUACCAUGGGAUCGAAUCACAGGGGGGCGUGCACGGGGGAAUGUUCUCGUCCAUUUAUUUCAUCGUUCUCACUCUCUUUGGAAACUACACACUCCUCAAUGUUUUCUUGGCCAUUGCUGUUGAUAACCUUGCAAAUGCCCAGGAGCUCACUAAGGAUGAAGAGGAGCAAGAGGAGGCCAUCAAUAAGAAGCUUGCUCUCCAGAAGGCCAAGGAGGUAAAGGAGGUCAGCCCCAUGUCAGCCGCUAACAUUUCCAUCACAGCUUUUCUAACACGCAGUCGAGGUAACGCGCACUCUAGCAACUCAUCCAUCUGCAGCGUUAACUCACUUAAGGAGCAGCAAAAGUCAAUGAAGACAAUGUCGGUGUGGGAGCAGAGGGCCAAUCAGCUGAGGAGGCAGAACCAGGCGAGCUGCGAGGCCCUCUACAGUGAGCUGGAGCUUGAGGAGCAUCUCCGCCUGUCCUCGGCUCUCCACAUCCGGCCAGACAUGAAAACCCACCUUGACCGGCCGCUUGUUGUUGAGCCUCAUGACGGGCCUUUUUUGGCCAGCCAUCAGCAUCACCAUCAUAAGCCCUGUAUGCCAGAGGAGGCAGAUACUGCCGACGACCCUCCCCCUCCUGUGCCUCACCAUCCCCGCCACCACCACCGCCAUAGAGAUAGGGAUCGGGCCAGAACGAGAGAGGAGAUGAAUGAUAACAGUGGCAGUUGUAAGGGUGAAGGCCACCAUGUCCACCAUAGCAGCUCCAAAGACCACAAUGGCAGCCGGGGCAAAGAUGGGAGGUGCGAGAGGUCCCACAGCCGAGAAGGAGGCAGGAGACAUCACCAUCAGAGCUCAGUGGAUGACAGUGGAGGUGGAGGAGUCAUGUGUGAGAGAGAGCAUCGGCAUCAUCAUUCACACCGGCAGUCUCGAGGGGGCAUUGGGACUGUGAACAGUGGAGGGAGGGGAGCACGAAGAUACUGCCACAAAGAUGGACGUUCAUCUAACAGGGAUGGGGAAAGGAAUCCCAGAGGAGACAGUGGGGCCAGUGGAGAGAGGAGGAGACAACGGACUCAUGGAUCCAGGGACCAAGCCACAGUUAAAGGAGAGGAGUCCAAUGAGAGAGAGAAGACCCACAGCCAUAGGGACAGGUUUUGUGACCCAGGGGGGGAUUCCCUUGCCAUCUCCCCCCUGCAGGGCUCUGGGGGGAGCAUCUGGCCUCCUGACCAACCAGAGGACUCAGACAACCAGAGGAAUGUCAGAAGAACAGGCCAAACCUCCAUCCAAAUUCCUCCUGUGACUAUCACCUCCCCACCUGGAGAGACCACCCUCAUACAAAUGAACAGCAUAGACUGUGAGACAAUGCCAAUGAAUGAGAAGAGCCUUGGGGAUCUUGGUCAAAGUGGUCCCAAACCCAUCCUGCCUUACAGUUCCAUGUUCAUCUUCGGACAGACCAAUCCGGUGAGGCGGUUAUGUCACUAUAUUGUGAGUCUGCGAUACUUUGAGAUGUCCAUCCUGGUUGUCAUUGCUAUGAGCAGUAUUGCCUUAGCAGCAGAGGAUCCUGUCUGGACGAACGCCCCUCGCAACAAUGUGCUCAAAUAUCUAGACUAUGCCUUCACUGGUGUUUUCACUUUUGAAAUGGUGAUUAAGAUGGUGGACCUUGGCCUGUUGCUCCAUCCUGGAUCCUACUUCAGAGACCUGUGGAACAUUCUGGACUUCAUAGUGGUCAGUGGGGCACUGGUGGCUUUUGCAUUUUCGGGGACCAAAGGCAAAGACAUCAGCACUAUCAAGUCACUGAGAGUUCUGCGAGUGCUCAGGCCUCUCAAGACCAUCAAACGUCUGCCAAAACUCAAGGCGGUGUUCGACUGCGUGGUCAAUUCUUUGAAGAACGUGCUGAACAUCCUAAUUGUUUACAUCCUUUUCAUGUUCAUCUUUGCUGUAAUCGCAGUUCAGCUUUUCAAGGGGAAAUUCUUCUAUUGCACAGACGAGUCCAAGGGCCUGGAGAAGGACUGCAAAGGACAGUUUCUAGACUAUGAUAAAGAUGAGGUGGCUGCCAUGCCCAGAGAAUGGAAGAAAUAUGAGUUUCAUUAUGACAAUGUGCUGUGGGCCUUCUUGACCCUCUUCACUGUCUCCACCGGGGAGGGCUGGCCAACUGUCUUGAAGCACUCUGUGGAUGCUACUUUUGAAGACACAGGUCCCAGUCCAGGCUACCGGAUAGAAAUGUCCAUCUUCUAUGUGGUUUACUUUGUGGUCUUCCCUUUCUUUUUUGUCAACAUCUUUGUUGCUCUGAUCAUCAUCACCUUCCAGGAGCAGGGAGACAAGGCCUUGUCUGAAUGCAGCUUGGAAAAGAAUGAGCGGGCUUGUAUUGACUUUGCCAUAAACGCCAAACCUCUGACACGCUACAUGCCAGAGAACACGCACUCCUUCCAGUACAGGAUGUGGAAGUUUGUGGUCUCAGCUCCGUUUGAGUACUCCAUCAUGAUCAUGAUCGCUCUUAAUACUGUGGUACUCAUGAUGAAGUUCCACGGCGCGCCAGACUUUUAUGAAGCGAUGCUGAAGAACCUCAACAUAGUCUUCACCACUCUCUUUUCUCUGGAGUGUAUCCUCAAGAUCAUUGCUUUUGGUCCAUUGAACUACUUAAAGGAUGCCUGGAACGUGUUUGACUUUGUCACAGUGUUGGGCAGCAUCACUGACAUCCUAGUGACCGAAAUCAAUGACAGACUGCUGAACCUGAGCUUCCUGAGGCUGUUCAGAGCCGCUCGGCUCAUCAAGCUGCUAAGACAGGGCUACACCAUCCGCAUCCUGCUAUGGACCUUCGUCCAGUCCUUCAAGGCCCUGCCUUAUGUUUGCCUACUGAUUGCUAUGCUGUUCUUCAUUUAUGCAAUUAUUGGGAUGCAGGUGUUUGGCAACAUUGAGCUGAAUGAGGACACAGCGAUCAAUCACCACAACAACUUUCGCACUUUUCUCCAAGCUCUCAUGCUGCUUUUCAGAUGCUGAACCUGUUCGUAGCAGUCAUAAUGGAUAACUUUGAGUACCUG